ACGCCCUUUCGCAUGUUUGAUGUCGAGACCCAGAACAUGGUCAGUACGUCCAAUCUAGGCCUGAACGACCAGUAUUGUGUUGUAUCCCACAGCUGGAAGGGCUCUGAGAUCGAUCACCAGUACUUUGCAGACGCUAGAUCAUUGGAGUCAUGGGAAGACACUAUCGAGGGACAGGAAAGCAUGUGCCAGGAUUCAAUACUGCACCAAACAGUGCCUGAAUCAAGUGAUUUGGGCAAAAUUAUCGAGAAGAGCAAGGCGGAUAUCACGGCGUUGGAGCGUAAGGUGGCAUCCGCACUCACCCAAGCCCGCCCCAGACAUGAUGGAGAGCGUCCCAAGGAUAUAGAGACACUUCUUCAGUGGUAUGUCGAUGCAAGGGAGGCCGAGAGCGGAAUGAAUCGUUGGCAGAAAGAGGUCCACAACGCCGCAACCCUUCGUUCCAGCGCUGAACGGCGCGCAGCGUAUUAUAGAACGGUGUGGAAUGCUAUGGUGGAUUGCCUCACCCCCUCGAACACAAACACCAGCCAGAGAAUACCAUCGUCCGACGACCCGGGGUCAAGGCAGCUAGAAUCUGCAAUUGAUAGAUUGACUGCGGGGACAUUGGAUCAGCAAGCCCUAGCAGAAGAGAACUUCAAUGCGGCAUCUAAAGCCUGGGCGGAGGCUUCCUCCACGGCCCAGUUCUUUGACAGCAAUCGGGCAUUGAGCUACGGUACCGAGGCAUUGUUGGCUGCCCUACAACGCAUACGGUCCACACGCAAGAUUGAACAGUCCAUUAUUCAUGCAAAGAAGCUAUUCGAAGCGCACUUCCCUCGGGGAGGGAAACGAUACGUGUGGCUGGAUACUUGUUGUAUCAACAAACGAGAUAGCUACGAGAUGACCGAGUCCCUGGCGUUGAUGGGAGACUGGUAUGCCAACGCCGACUUCUGUCUCGUGCAUCUCGAUACUCCCCGGUCCGAUGCGUCGUGGAUCGAGGAGUGGAAAUACUGGAAGAUGCCAUCCCACGUCCCAGUAGAAUUAAACAUAAAUCGGUUUACGGAUAUUGCCACCAACGGUAGAGACGGUGACAACACAGUCAAGGCCCAGGUGGAAUGGGCUACGCGUGGAUGGACGCUACAGGAGCUGGUGUUGAGCAAAAUGACCUACUUUGUUAACUCCCACUGGCAGCACUUGGAGAGGCCUAUUGAGGUCAUCGGACCCUUCUAUUUCCUUUGUCCGUUCAUACACAGGUACUUGAAACAUCCCUUCGUCCGGGGACUAGGGAAACCACCCGUCGAAGUAAUACACAAAUUGGAACAACACCUAUUGUCGAAUUCGAAACACGAAAUGCCCCGAGAACGCCAGCUUGUCCUUGUGCUUGAAAAGAUUGGAUUCGUGCCUCCCAGGGAUUUAAGAGACACGACGGCUGAAGCGCAGGUUGGGAAGGCCGUGCUUACCGCUGCCAGGAUGUCUCCAACCAUACUAGAUGAACUGACAUCGGACGCCCUUGUCGACCCAAGCAGCGACUACCUCGACCUUCGUGGAAGGAUAGCUCUUGUUAACUAUCUGCUUGCUGACUUAGUCAGUAUUACUGGUGCAGAAAUAGUAAACGAUCGCCAACGAAUAUCGGCGUUUAGCAAGAUCGGGCAUCUACGCAAUUGGGUUGCAGGGACUGGCCUUUUGGACUCUUCCGCCAGCAGCGUCCUGAUUACUGCCUCAGACAGGCAAACCACCGUUCUGACGGAUAAGGCAUACUCGUUGAUGGGGAUCCUGGGCGUUCGUUUUUCCGCUUUUCCUGCGGAGGGACUUCCCAAAGCACUAUCCAGGCUGUUAGACGAGGUUGUAAUCACGUAUAACGAUGUCUCGGUCUUCAAUUGGACGGGCAAGCAUUGCGGGAGCCCUCUCCACGGGCGAUCGCUAUAUCCUGCCAGCAUCGAUGCUUUCGUGGAUCCAACCAAUGAUCCGACUUCCACCACCCAGGUCAAUGCCAGCCAGAAUAUAUUGAAACUUUUGCACAUUCGACGAGCGCGACGGAGUAAAAUCGCCCGCGACGUCAACAACCUACUAGCUGACAUGCUCGUCCUAGCGAAGGAGCUCCCUGCUGAAUGCUCAACGCUGUACGAGCUGGACGACCUGGCAGACACAAUCAAGGUUGCCAAAUUUGAGCGUCUCGAAGCAACUUUCCACGAUUUGAAAGGCAUCGUCGCGACCAUUCAAGCUAUUGUGUCUCGCCAGGUAUUCACGGAAGUAGAAGAAGACGCACCCAGCAAGAUUUCUGGAAGAUUUGGCUCGUUCGAGCGAAUAGAUGGAGUUCGUAAAUCGGCUUUUCCCCACCAUGCAUUUAGUCCCAAGCUACCCUUUCGGCGACAAAAGGCUACGCCCCGGUCAUCCCAGGGAGGACAGCAACACCAGGCAUCGAAUUCUAAGAACGAGGAAACAGAUGACCAGGAACCCGAUCUCCAAGCGAUCAACGCAUCAAUAAAGCACAUCAUCGGGGAGCUGAAUUACCCUCUGCCAACACACUUUGAGGAAAUCAACGACAACCAUACCCAGGAUGGCGACGCAAACAUUCAACAAGGUCAAGAAGGGAGGCUGGUCUGUCCAAAUCCGAUUGUGGUCAGCACUGCUGGUAUACGGGGCAUCUUCGACAUACAAAGGGUCGUUGUCACAAUGAUCGACCCUAACAAGCUACGAUCUAAAGUCACAACUGCAGUUCCCGGACAAAGGAUCGAGGGGUGGUGUACCAUCAGCACCGGGUUGUCUCUCACGCUGGUCGCCUUCACUUGCGACGCGCAUGUGCUAGCCAAGCAGCUAGAUCUGAUGGAAGUCAUCGCGCAAGACAUUGAUCCUAAACAGUAUCGUGGUCCAGUCACGGAUCCCGAAGAGCCUCGCGGCAGCACUCGGUGGCCAAGGAGCGCCGACCAACGCAAAGUAUCUCGAAUGGUUUCCUUUGUUCAGAACUCCGAUCCCCAUAACAUUGCCGGUGAAUGGGUGCUAGCCCGUUUCUCGGGAUCACCGGGGGCCAGAUGGUUCCUCUGCCAGCUGGAGCUGGGCGCCGGGAAUGAUUUCUACGGACAGAGAAUUGCUACAGACGCUUUCAGCUUUGAGAAUGCCGCCCCCGAGCAGGGUCUCUCCGAAUACUGGCACCAAUUUACGGAGGAAAAGAAAGCCAGGACCUGCGAAACCCUCAAGAUGUAUAUCCUCCGGAAAGCGCUUUGGAGAAAGGCGGGCAGUGAGAUGGAUAAGCUCAAGCGCAUAGAGGAUGCAAAGAAGAGGAGCAAAGGCCACAUCGACUGGGACGCUGCGGCGGCGAUUGUGCAAGACCUCUCGUCGAACAAGAUAAUCAACAUGGGGAGAAUGGCACGGCUAGGUUUUGCCGGGGCGGGUGUCGAAUUGUGGGCCAACUGUUUAGAAUCGCGUAUUGAGAAAGGGGCACUGGACUGCCUGCCAAUACCUUUGCAGACAGCCGUGAAGGAUCUUGAUCACAACAAGAUGUUAUUACCGGCCAUGUUCCACGCCGGGCGUGAGGUGCAUAUGUUCUAA